CCGAAUUUAAGCGCCGCCAAACCGUUGCAGCCAGUGUUGCAGCCAUGGAGGAGGCGUUGCGCGUGCACUACGCGCGCGUCGUCGCGCAGUCGGACCUCUCCCGCCAUUUCCACGACGCGCCACCUACACGGGGCGAGACGCACGCACUGCUCAGCGACGCUGCCACGUAUGCGGAAGCCAUCGACGCGCUCUUGCGCAUCGGCAGCCCACAGCAGCACUUUCAGUAUCUCUUCUUCAAGUACGCGCAGAGCCACGGCGAUGGCAUUUCGCGCUCGGAGCUUCUCCAGCUGCUGCAGGAGCACUUGUCGCCCGCCGCGAUCGAGGCCGACGCACGCUUCUUUGAAAAGAUCUACACGUACCUCAAGCGCCACUUUACGGUGCCAGUGCUGUCGCUUGACGCGACGCUGUCACUUCUUAGCGCGCGCCCCCAAAUCCUCGCCUCCGUGUGCAUUGAUAAGGCGCAACUCGAAUCGCUACUCCAAUCCAACAACGCGCGCAACCACGUUCCAAAGGAAUUACUCGAAGCGUAAUCAUUUUUUCGCUCAAGUCUAGUAGAUUUCUCGCUCGAGUUGGGUGCGGUCGAGGCGCUGCCGAGCACGCUUCUGCGCUGUUGCAAACUCGUCGACGCACGCCGCCUCGCGAUGAUGAUACGUCGGUGGAUCGGCCUCGUCGGCUCGGGGCGAUCGGCGAUCGUCAGUCGGAAAGGCCGGCCGCGGCGCGACGCUUGGCUCCGGGCGACUCCACAACUUGUAUGCAACGACUGCGAUACAGAGUCCAACGAGCAGUGGGAACCGCCCCAUGACGCCGUCCCCAAACCACGAAGAUGCUUCUUUCGCAGCCUAAUAAAUACGUUAACAUGGCAAGAGCCAACAAAUGCGAUUCUAAAU